AGGAGUGGGCCACAUUGUUCCAUAUUGCCUAUUUCUUAUGGCACUAUUGAUUCAACACUGGUCUUGUCUGUCUCUCUUUUUCAACUUUCCUCUACUUUCUCCUACUUACCUCCACAAUACUAAGACCAAUUAUUAGUAUCUUUUGGUUUUCUAAACACUAGUAAACAAGUUUGGGCAAGAAAAUAGAAGCAUCACCUCAGCUUUUAUUAUUGCAUUGAAGUUGAGAAGCUAAGAAAAUGAACCAGGAAAUGAAUGGGAUUGAGGGUGAGAGAGCAAGGGAGAAUAAUGAUAACAAUAAUGUGAAUGUGCCAGAGAGAAUAGAUUAUGUGUUCAAGGUGGUUGUGAUUGGAGACUCAGCAGUGGGGAAGACUCAAAUACUGUCUAGGUUUGCAAAGAAUGAGUUCUGCUUUGACUCAAAGUCCACCAUCGGCGUUGAGUUCCAGACCAGGACUGUCACCAUUGGUGGCAAACUCAUCAAGGCACAGAUCUGGGACACUGCUGGCCAAGAAAGGUACAGGGCAGUGACAAGUGCGUACUACAGAGGAGCAUUAGGGGCAAUGGUGGUGUACGACAUAACAAAGAGGCAGACAUUUGAUCACGUGGCGAGGUGGAUAGAGGAGCUGAGGGCGCAUGCAGACACUUCCAUAGUCAUAAUGCUAAUUGGGAACAAGGGUGACCUUGUGGAGAAGAGAGCAGUGCGGACGGAGGAUGCGGUGGAGUUUGCGGAGGAACAGGGGCUCUUCUUCUCGGAGACUUCAGCUCUCAGCGGUGAGAAUGUGGAGAGUGCCUUCUUCAAGUUGCUUCAACACAUCCAUUUCGUGGUCUCUAAGAAGUCCUUGCAAUCUGCCAACAAUGCCAUUAAUAAUGCUGUCACUCUUAAGGGAUCAAAGAUUGAUGUAAUCUCUGGUAAUGACUUAGAGUCAGAGAUUACUGAGAUUAAGAAAGUCUCUUCAUGCUCUUGUUGAUUAUUCUUCUUAUUAAGUUUAUUUUACAAAACUGAAUACUACACGUAUAUAGUGGCAAUGUGGUGGGUAAGGAUGAUUGAUUUCUUCAGAUCUUGGCUUUUAAUUCAACUGCACCUAUUUGUUCACUUUAAUUAGACACUUCAAUUCUUUAAUGUAGAGUUUGUUUGAGAUAUUGAAACAGA